CUGUAAUACUGUAAGAAAGCCCAACACAAAUCCAAAGCAAAUAACCUUCGUCUUCUUCGACGAAAACCCUAGCCUUCAAUUUUGAUUCUUCGUACAACACAGUUCGGCUGCAUUUUCACCGGCGAAUCCGCUGCAGCAAUGGUGAAGUACUCAACGGAACCGGAAAACCCUACGAAAUCUUGCAAAGCUAGAGGUUCAGAUCUCAGGUGUCACUUUAAAAACACCAGAGAAACUGCACAUGCCAUACGCAAAUUGCCGUUGAUCAAGGCUAAGAGAUACUUAGAAGAUGUUCUUGCUCAUAAACAAGCUAUACCGUUUACGCGUUUUUGUCGUGGAGUUGGACGGACUGCACAAGCGAAGAAUCGCCAUUCGAAUGGACAAGGACGUUGGCCUGCUAAAUCUGCAAAGUUUAUCCUUGAUUUGCUGAAGAAUGCUGAGAGUAAUGCGGAAAUUAAGGGGUUAGAUGUGGAUGCUCUUCACAUUUCUCACAUUCAGGUGAACCAAGCACAAAAACAGAGACGGAGGACUUACCGUGCUCAUGGAAGAAUCAAUCCUUACAUGUCUUCUCCUUGUCAUAUUGAACUGACCCUAUCCGAGAAGGAAGAACCUGUUAAGAAAGAGCCCGAGACUCAGUUGGCCUCACGAAAGACAAAGUAGAGUCUGGAUUUUAUCGGCAGUGGAUUGGCGUUACUAGAAAGAGCUCUUUAGUUAUAUUCUCGCACUAUUUUUUCAUUUUGAAAAGUUCAUUUGAUGUUAAAUUUUGAGAUUUUCUAUAUUUUUUUUAUCAUUAUCUUGCAUUUACAACGGCUCGAAUUCUUCUUUUCUGUGUAUUUUGAAACAAAGUAAAAUUAAAACGGCUUUGAUCAUUAA